CGCUGAGCUCACGGCCGCGGUGCUCCGCGACAUGGGGCUGCAGGAGCUGGCUGGGCAGCUGCAGGAGGGCAGGCGCAAGGGCCUUGGAGCCACCGCGGCCACCCCAGCUGCAGUCAGGGCCUCUACCUGGAUGGCACCCCAGCCAGCACACUUCGUGGACCGGCACCGGGCUGCACUCAUCUCCCGGGUCACAGAAGUCAAUGGGGUGCUGGAUGCGCUGUACAGCAGGGUCCUGAGUGAAGAGCAGUACCAGCAAGUGCGGGCGGAGACCACCAACCCUGCCAAGAUGAGGCGGCUCUUCAGCUUUGCCCCAUCCUGGGACCUGAGCUGCAAGGACCUGCUCCUCCAGGCUCUGAGGGACACGCAGCCCUACCUGGUGGCCGACCUGGAGAAGCCCUGAGGUGUCCUCCCCAGGAGUCCCGCUCAACAGCUCCAGCCAGCUCACCCAAAUCUGAUUUGUUAAUGUAUAAUACAGAGUGAAAUGUCUUGUA